AUGCCUUUUUCGUCGACAGCCCGCCAGCGGUUGGUUCGUCUCACCCAAGUCCUCGUUGGCGGUCCGGUGGUCACGUUCGGCGGAUUGGCCCUAUGGACUCAGAAAUGCGCGUUUGAGCCUUUCGGGCCGGACACUGAUGCAUUAUUCAAGCAUCCAAUCAUGAAAUAUUUGAAUCCCCGAAAUAAUCCCAGCACUCACGAUUCAUGCGUCCGAAAAGUGCCGUUUGAGAAACUGAGGCCGGAGCUGUUGGAGGAUGCGAGACGGGGUGGGAGUGCGCUGGUGGAGGAGUUUUCGCGGGGGAUGUGGGCAGGAUACGGAUAUGGGAUUCAGAGGAGGCUAAUGGGGCUGACCAAGAGUCCCGAGAAUCGUACCGAUUUGUGGACGCCAGAUGAAUUGGGACAGAGCACAUAUGAGCCUGGGACAAUUUUGACAAAUCACUUUCUCGUUCUCGAGAAAUCUCCCACGUCAUUAACCUUUCGUGGUUGCCCUGCUCCCAAGGAAUCCCCCUUUCGACCACGCGACCUAGAUAACGUAUUCGCCUUGACAGCAGUACUAAAUGAGAAGCGAAAAGUGGCCGAGUUCAGACUCAAGGCUAUAACGUUUGAUGGAGUGACGACGACACCGAAGGAGGAUCCAUUUGGUGGUGUGCCUGGCAUGUUACAUCGUGUUUAUGCGAAGUUGCUUGUUGAGGCGGCGGUGGGAUGGUGUGUUAGGUAG